AACGUUGCCACACAAGUCCCGAAAUCCACCCUAAAAAGAUGUCCGGUAAAGUUCUACUUGCUGCUUCGAUCGUCCUGCUGGUUGCGGUCUGCAACGCUCAGGAGGAUUAUUGCGAUUCUGCGUUGUGCGAUCCGGGAGUGCAGAACAUUGGGUGCAACGCCAAGAACGAGCUGUCCCCGGACUGUAACGAGGGCAAAAAGAUCGACCUAACGGAUGAGUUCAAAACGGUGAUCCUGGAGGAGCACAACAACUAUCGCAACCAGGUGGCUAAGGGACAACUCAACUGGUUACCUUCGGCAUCGAAUAUGGUGACGAUGGACUGGGACGAUGAUUUGGCCUACCUGGCGGAGUUGAACGCCAAUCGUUGCGAGUUUGAACAUGACAAGUGCCACAACACCAAAAAGUACCCGAACUCCGGACAGAACAUUGCUUCGUGGGGAACAACCGGCGAUUCGUACGAUGUGAAGGACACACUCAAAGUCAUGGUCCAGGAGUGGUGGGAUGAGCGUCACUUUGCCAACCCGAAGUUGAUCAAGAAGCUGUGGGGCAAGUACAAGGCGCUGCACUUCACGAUGCUGGUGAGGGCAAACGCUAGCCGAGUUGGAUGCGGUAUGGUUCAGUACAAGAAGGACGAAUAUCUGUGGGUUCAGCUGAUUUGCAACUAUUCGUACACCAACAUGAUCGGAACCUCCGUCUACAAGGAUGGAAAGCCGUGCGCGGAUUGCAAGUCGGGAUGCGACAGCAAGUACGACGGCAUGUGCAACAAGGAUGAGGCAGUUGAUGUGGCAUAAGGCCAUAAGUCAAUGGUUCCAUUAUACAACUUUGAUUUUGAAGAAAAAUAAAUGGUGAUGGGCUUAAGACACAUUGUUUUACUU